AUGGACCUUUCGUAUACAUCUGCUGUCGGACAGCAAAAGAACAAGGGAAGCAACGUGCGAUGCUUCCGGUGCGGAAUCAUGGGUCACUACCCACGUGAGUGUACGGCACCACGAUACUGGGUAUCGUCACAGUCGAACAAAAAACGGAAGGGACCAAUAGGCGCGGGGCGCCCUACUGGUAAUACAGUCUACGCGUGUCAACAACGGACACGCGGUAUGGAGACUGCAGCCCCAGGAUCUCACUGCAAGGUGCAAGAUGACAAGUCAAUCCUUGUCAUCUUGAAGAUGACGUCGAUGACAAAGAGAGCGGACUCUCUUCGAGUGUUGGCAGACUCGGACGUGUCGAACAACUUGUUCGACAGCAACGUCUGCCGUUGUUGGACUUCAAGAAGAAGCAUGUGCCUUGAAUUAGAAGUACGAUUGGCAACGGGUGCCAUCGUGAAGAUCGAAAAGCGCGUAAUUCACGCACACUUCUCGUACAAACACCGGAACUUACUGGACUUGGACGACAAGUUCGACAUGGUGUUGGGCAUGCCGUGGCUUGCACGGCAUGAUCCUACAAUCGACUGGGAGAAGCGGACGGUCGUGUGCUUUGGACGCCGCGGCGCAACAGAGAGCGAUGGCCCUGUUAGCGCAGCGGAUAUACCUAUCGGUGCAUCCAAACCUCCUUCAGAGACAGUGGUUCGCGUCGCUGUCUCCAGUCUCAGCGCGAGGAACGCGCGAGCUGUAACGACUCCAGGAGCCGUUAACAGAAAAGGAGUGUCUGGUCAGGGACCAAAGACAACGAAGAAAUUCUCCGCCGUAAGGCGUCGAGGUGACAACAGUGUGUCGACUCCGGGAGUUGACACGCGCUCGUUAUUAGAAUCGAGAAAGUUCUCCGCCGUGAGGCGUUGGGGUGAGAACGAUGUAUCAACUCUGGAAGUUGCGACAGACUACUCCGCCGUAAGGCUCGGUCUGCACGAAGCAGGGCGCGAUCAAGCCGGGCUUGAUGACGCGUGCCCGCGGGUACAAGAACCCGCCGGCGGUCGCCCGCAGACUGGAAUGUCUGCCGGCGGUCGCCCGCAGACUGGAAUGUCUGCCGGCGGUAUCAAGGAACAUUCGUCCAUGGCCGGGCCUGGACGAAACGCAAGUGAAUCCGGGAUUCACAAAAAGAAAAGACGGCGCAAGCACAAGACGCUGCGCAAGUCUCGGUCCGGGACCGAGGCUCUUCAAGGCAUGUCUGCCGGGCAGUCACAAAUGCCGACAGUGGCCGUCGAUACGUUGAACGUCUUGACGCGGGCCAGUACUGGGUAUCAGUACCAGAAGAUGGAGUUGGAGAACCAAGAAGAUGGAGUUGGAGAACCCUCCGACUGA